AUGCUGGCGAAGGCACAGUUCUUCAACCGCAUCGGCGACAAGGACAUGGCCGUCCAGUGCUACCAGGACGCGUUCGCGAAGUCGGUGGGCGUGGGCGCCAAGCUCGACAACAUCCUCACGGUAAUCCGGAUCGCCUUCUUCUUCGACGACAAGGAGUUGUCCAAGAAGGAGAUAGAGCGCGCCAAGGUCGAACUCGGAAAGGGCGGCGACUGGGAGCGCCGCAACAAGCUCAAGGUCUAUGAGGGCAUAUAUCACAUGAUCUUCCGCAACUGGAAGGAGGCAUCGACGCUCUUCCUCAACGUGAUGCCGACGUUCACGGCGACGGAGCUCGACUUCGUGUUCUACACCGUUCUGGUCACGAUGCUCUCCGGGGACAGGCCGACGCUUCGGGAGAAGCUGGUCAGCAGCCCCGAGGUGCUCAGCGCCAUCAAAGAGACGCCGCACCUCCAGGAGUUCAUGGAAUCCUAUUUCCACUGCCGGUACAAGCCCUUCAUGCAGCACUUCGUGCCCGUGAUCGACCACUGCCGGGCCGACCGCUACCUCAGGGGGCACGUCCGCUACUUCCAGCGGAACAUGCGGCUAAACGCCUACAGGCAGUUCCUGGCUUCCUACCGCUCGGUGACGCUGGACGCCAUGGCAGCCGAGUUCGGGGUCUCCGCAGGCUUCAUCGACACGGAGCUGGCGUCCUUCAUCUCGUCCGGCAAGCUGACCUGCAAGAUCGACAAGGUCGGCGGCGUCGUCGAGUCCAACGAGGCGGACCAGCGCAGCCAGGUCUACACCGAGAUCAUCAAGCAGGGAGAUCUGCUGCUCAACCGUAUGCAGAAGCUCUCUGGCGCCAUCGUUAAGUCGGGCGUGCCCCUCUAUAGGAGGAAUCUUCCAAAAUAG